AUGGUCCUGCUACCAGAACGGAACAAGUUCUUUCUAAUUAAAUCCGGUACCCUUGAAUAUCUCGAGAAUUCCUACUCGGAUUCAACACAAUCGAUAUCAUUCAUUCAAGCAAUGGGUUUUGAGAGAGGCGCGCAAGGUUUCAGGCUUUUGAAAAGUAUCAGCCUGACUACGUUCUACACAGACGCACUAAACUAUACCACACUUUCACACACAUGGGGUAGCGACGAGAUUAGUUUCCAAGACUUGGUGAAUGGUCGGGAUCCAGACAAAGCCGGGAACGAGAAACUUCUAUUUUGCGAUAAUGUGGCUAGAAAGAAUGGUCUCGAAUAUUUUUGA